UGGGCUCUCAUCAUUGGUAUCGACAAGUAUCCGACCUACCCGUUGCGUGGCUCCGUGCCAGACGCACAGCUAGUAGAGAAAUACUUGACGGACGAUCUCCGCAUGAGUAAGGACAGAAUACAGCUGCUUCUCGGAUCUGAGGAGCAUAUGUCCCCUGACGAUCCAAAAAGGCCUACCCGUGUUAAUAUCAUUGGAGCGCUUUUAAGCAUCAUCACGAACCCCCAGAUCGCGUAUGGUGACAACAUCAUCAUAUAUUACUCUGGACACGGCUCGUCCUACCUGGUGUCAGAGCCUGAUGAUAACGAGGGAGAAAAUGGGACCGUACCCGUUGAAGCAUUUUGCCCCAUUGACCGUGACAUGCUGGACGCCAACGAUAAUCCCAUCCCCGACAUCAGCGACCGUGAAUUUAACACCAUCUUAACCCUCAUCGCUGAAAAAAAGGGGCACCAUAUCACGGUUAUCCUCGACUGUUGUCACUCUGGUAGUGUCAGCCGA